ACGAAUUUCGCUUAGCAACAAGUAGCCGGGGUCCCUCUGUUACGUCACAGCAAAGUAACCAGGCGCUUUGUUAACUGAACGACUUUGAUGCGUUUAUGACGUACGUGCGUGCGUUGGUCUCCGAGAGACAACUUAAACGUUAACAAGGGGCUUCAAAAUGUUAACAAAGAGUAUAUCUUCGUCAGAAAAAGAGCUGACACCCCCGUUGUUUUCGGGGACUCAAAGUACCACAAUGCAGUCGAAUUAAUGUCGUCUACUUGGCUACGGCUUCAGCGGAGCAACGCCCCGGAGGAAACGAAGGCGAAGAGAGGCUUGGCCCGAUUGAAAGGAGUCGUCGCGGGGCGGAGACGAACGUGUGUGUCUUCUCGGCUAAGGAGGGAUUAGUUAAUGAGCACACACAUCAUCUCGUCGUCGGGACGACUCUGCGACGUGGAAAGUAAGUGCAAAGCGUGAGUCAUGCACCUCGUCACACUCGCCGACUGGAAGCGCGCUCGAAAUUGGGCGAAAUUCGGAUAACAGCGAGAGAAGUUUCCAGACCAGCAGCAGCACCUCCGCCGCGACCCCCGCCUCUCCUUUGCAUUGUGCUGCCGGGACUAUGAGUCCACGCCAGGGGCUCGCAGCUCUCCGCAGCCCCCCCUCAUCACUCUUCACAUGUGCUCAAUAUGUUCAAGAAGUGAACACGGGAAAGGAUUAAAACCUUUUUUUUCCCCUUUUUUUUAAAAAAAAACACUUGCGGAUAUAUUUUUUUUAAUUUGUAGGUUGAACUAAAAAAAAAAAAAAACGACCAAGAGUUUUUGCUCCAACUCAACAUGGGGAACGCAGGGAGCAUGGACCAGCACACGGACCUCAGGGGCCACAACAUGCCCCUGAAACUACCCAUGCCCGACCCGGGGGAACUGGAGGAAAGAUUCGCUAUCGUUUUGAACUCAAUGAAUCUUCCCCCAGACAAAGCCCGCCUGUUGCGGCAGUACGACAACGAGAAGAAGUGGGAGCUCAUCUGCGAUCAGGAGCGAUUCCAAGUGAAAAACCCCCCUCACACAUACAUCCAAAAGCUAAGGAGUUAUCUUGACCCGGCAGUGACAAGAAAGAAAUUCCGCCGAAGAGUUCAGGAGUCCACCCAAGUCCUGAGAGAACUGGAAAUUUCAUUGCGGACCAAUCAUAUAGGGUGGGUGAGGGAGUUCCUGAAUGAAGAAAAUAAAGGCCUGGAUGUGCUUGUGGAAUAUCUUUCCUUUGCACAGUAUGCUGUCACGUUUGAUGGCGACUGCAUGGAAAACAGUCCAGAGGCCCUGCUGGACAAGUCCAAACCUUGGAGUCGCUCCAUCGAGGACCUGCACGGAGGAAAUACGCUGUCGUCCCCCCUUAGCGGCAAUGGCAUCACUCGGGCAAGCCGGCACUCAACAUUACGGUCACCAAGCUCACUCAACUGCCCAAAGUGUUCUCAAAUAAGACGUUGUAAUACUUUACCCAGCCGGAGGACGCUGAAGAACUCCAGACUGGUCUGCAAGAAAGACGAUGUCCACGUCUGCAUCAUGUGCCUCCGUGCCAUCAUGAACUAUCAGUAUGGCUUCAACAUGGUCAUGUCCCACCUAAAUGCUGUGAAUGAAAUAGCACUCAGUCUCAACAAUAAAAAUCCAAGAACCAAAGCUCUGGUCUUGGAGCUCCUGGCGGCGGUUUGUCUUGUGAGGGGAGGCCAUGAAAUCAUCCUGUCCGCAUUUGACAACUUCAAGGAGGUUUGUAUGGAGGAGCAGCGGUUUGAGAGGCUAAUGGAGUAUUUCAAAAACGAAGACAACAACAUUGAUUUCAUGGUGGCCUGCAUGCAGUUCAUCAACAUUGUCGUGCACUCGGUGGAGGACAUGAACUUCCGGGUUCAUCUGCAGUACGACUUCACCAAGCUGUCUUUGGACGAAUUCUUAGAUAAAGUCAAGCACACAGAAAGCGAUAAGCUGCAGGUUCAGAUCCAGGCCUACUUGGACAACGUAUUUGACGUCGGGGCCCUCCUGGAGGAUGCAGAGACCAAAAACGCCGCCCUGGAGCGUGUGGAGGAGCUGGAAGAGAACAUGUCACAUUUGACGGAGAAGCUGCUGGAUGCUGAAAAUGAAGCCAUGGCCAAGAUAGUGGAGCUGGAGAAGCAACUCAUGCAGACAAACAAGGAUCUAGAAGGCAUGAAGGAAGCCUACAAAGACACCAGUGGGAAGGUCCACUCACUACGGCAGAUCUUGAAGGAGAAAGAUGAGGCCAUCCAGCGGCAAAGUCACCUGGAGAAGAAGAUCCAUGAGCUGGAGAAGCAGGGCACCAUCAGGAUCCACAAAAAGGGAAAUGGCGACAUCUGCAUCCUUCCGUCGUCGCCUGGCGGCGUGGAAGGCUUGAUGGGCGCCCCCGUGAGUGGAAACGGCGUGGGCGUUCACAGUCCGGGCGCUGCGGGGGGAGUUGCAGGUGCCCCUGCGGCUCCACCACCGCCACCGCUGCCAGGGAGUAACUCAUUGCCAAACGGACCGUCGUCGUCCACUCCUGCACCUGCUCCUCCGCCACCACCGCCUCCUCCUCCCCCACCACCGCCUCCUCCUCCCCCACUUCCAGCUUCCGCCUCAGAGAUGUUAGCUCCCCCGCCGCCUCCCGCUGCUCCUCCACUACCUGGCUGCGGGACCCCCACUGUUAUCAUGAACUCAGGUUUAGCAGCUGUUAAGAUCAAGAAACCCAUCAAAACCAAGUUCCGCAUGCCCGUCUUCAACUGGGUAGCCCUGAAACCCAAUCAGAUCAACGGGACCGUCUUCAACGAGAUUGAUGACGAGAGGAUACUUGAGGACCUGAAUGUGGAUGAGUUUGAGGAAAUGUUUAAGACAAAGGCCCAGGGCCAGGCGGUGGAGCUGACCAUGAACAAGCAGAUCAUUCAGAAGGGACCCAACAAGGUGACGCUGCUGGACUCCAACAGGGCAAAGAAUUUGGCCAUUACAUUGAGGAAAGUGGGGAAGACGCCAGAGGAGAUCUGCAAGGCCAUUCAACUCUUCGACCUGCGUACUCUGCCAGUGGACUUUGUGGAAUGCCUCAUGCGCUUCCAGCCCACUGAGAAUGAGGUGAAGACCUUGCGUCAGUUCGAGAAGGAGCGCAAGCCACUGGAAAGCCUGACGGACGAGGACCGCUUCAUGAUGCAGUUCAGCAAGAUCGAGCGGCUCAUGCAGAAGAUGACCAUCAUGGCCUUCAUCGGAAACUUCACGGAGAGCAUACAGAUGCUCACGCCGCAACUGCAUGCAGUUAUAGCAGCAUCAGUCUCCAUCAAGUCAUCGCAGAAGCUGAAGAAAAUUCUAGAGAUUAUUUUAGCACUCGGAAACUACAUGAACAGCAGCAAAAGAGGAGCGGUUUAUGGAUUCAAGCUGCAAAGUUUGGACUUGCUACUCGAUACCAAGUCGACGGACCGCAAGAUAACGCUGUUGCACUACAUUGCUAACGUGGUGAAGGAGAAAUACACGCAGGUCUCCUUCUUCUACAACGAGCUGCACUACGUGGAGAAAGCAGCAGCAGUGUCGCUAGACAACGUCCUGCUGGAUGUGAAGGAGCUGCAGAGAGGCAUGGAGCUGACCAAGCGGGAGUACAGCAUGCACGGCCACAACACCAUGCUCAAGGACUUCAUCACGCACAACGAGAGCAAGCUGAAGAAGCUGCAGGACGACGCCAAGAUCGCGCAGGAUGCCUUCGAUGAGGCUGUGAAGUUCUACGGGGAGAGUUCAAAAACCACACCGCCCUCUGUCUUCUUCCCUGUGUUUGUCCGCUUUGUCAAAGCCUACAGGCAAGCCGAAGAGGACAAUGAGCAUCGAAAGAGGCAGCAGCAGCUUCUGAUGGAGAAACUUCUUGAACAAGAGGCUCUGAGGGAGGAAGAACAGAAGUCACCGUCCCAUAAGAACAAAAGGCAACAGCAGGAGCUGAUCCAGGAACUGCGGAAAAAGCAAGUUAAAGACAGCCGCCACGUCUACGAAGGCAAAGACGGCGCCAUUGAGGACAUCAUCACAGUGCUGAAGACGGUCCCCUUUACCGCCCGCACCGCCAAGCGUGGCUCUCGGUUCUUCUGCGAGCCCGCCCUCAAUGAGGAGUACCAUUACUAAGCUUGUAGAACGCUCGCACGCAAACAACAAGAUCUUCGGAAUCAGCCUUACAGGCGAGCGGACGCCGUGCGGCGAAGUGUGCGGAGGCGCUUCGACGACCAGAACCUGCGACCGCUCAACAACGGCGAGGUGGUCGUGUGACAGACGGACGACAAAACGGGGAACCGGCACGUGUGAGGGAGGACAAAGGGCGGAUCUACAACUCCUUGUUUCAGCAUUUCAACUUUUCAUGGGUUCUAAGCAUUUAUUCCACGUCCAAUUUGCGUGGACAAAGAACGCAAUAGUACCUUUUUGACCUUAAGAUGACUCUCAAGGAAAUGGGAAAAAGCGCCGUUUGAGCAUUAGGCACUAGACGGAAGGAUGGAAUGUUGCCAGCAGGUUUAGGAUUAUAUCGAUGUCAUUAACAUGGGAAGAACGUUAACCUGUGAUAAAUACACUAUAGACUCUGUAGAAAUAUAGAUAAAAAUGACCUGCAUUGACUUUUUUUAUUUUUAUUUUAGAAACAAGUGCCUAAACUUCCAGUUUGUCUCAUUUUUGUUGUCACUUCCUAACAUCAGUUUGAAAGCCGCGGACGGGAAAGAAGGAGAAUGUACGAGACAUAUUUGCUGUUCAAAAACUCCCAUCGAUGAUUUAAGAACAGAAACGCAAUUUUUGGCAGUUAAGCGCAGAAAUUGAAUGUUGAAAGGUGAACGCUGCUCCACGUGCAGUAAGGGAGGCGAAAAUGAAAUUUUUGUUGGGUUUAAGUCAAAACCAGAAAUGACGGGAUAUGAAGAAAAACAGCAUGUCAAGCAAGAAAGGCAGAUGGAGUUUGUCUGCAAAAAUCAAUCUAUAUAAAUAAAUAAUAUACAAAACUUGGCUUUGGGGAGGCCUUCAAAAAUUGUUCAAGACAACUUGUAACCACUUGGAAAAAAGGACAAAAAAACAAUUGCAUUCCCCCAUAUGAUUUUUUCCUCAUAAAAUUAUUACCUUGUACAUUUCUUUUCUGUAGUUUUUUUUCUCGCAAAAUUCUAAUUGUAAAAUGUGAAUUUUUUUCUUGUGUAAAACUUUUUGUAAAAUUUUGUACAAUUUCUUGUAAAAUGACUUUAAACUAUGCCUUUAUUCCUUAUAAAAUUCAUGAAAUUAAGAUUUGUAAAAUGAGAUUGGGAAAUGAUUGUUUUCUUGAAAACUUUUAUUUUUAGUACAUGUAGUACUUUUGCUUGGUUCUAAAACCUUUUCUCCUAAAAUGGACUCGUUUCUGAAGAUUUUUUUUCCUGAUAAAAUGACCCCCAAUAUAAUUAAACCUUGCACAAAUAUAUAAAAUAUGAUUAGCUUUUUAAAUCCCCCCCCAAAGCAGCAGCCAAAAGUGAUGCAUCAUCAGGACUUUUUAAUUUUUUAAUGGCUACCUGGUGAAUAUGAAUUUAGAGAUUAAGGGGAAAACGUAACUAAAUGGCCUGCAUUUUGUUUUGAGGACAACUUUGUCAGGUGCUUUUCGCACAAAUUUUUCCAAAAAGUGGCACGUAGCGGGACCGAGACUGAACAUUUCUGCCAAGAGCUGUCAUAACUGGAAGAUUUUUUAAUUUUGUAAACAUACACGUUCCUACUACUGCAUCUAUCAAAUGUAUAUUUAAUCACUUUUCAUGGUUACAUCUCAAGUGUUCUAAAAAUGCUUCCUAACUGUACAGUUUUUGUUUUUUUUUUUUUUUUGCUACAAGCUUAUGUGCUGAAGUCAUCCAACUAGACGAUUAUUAAUAUUGUACAUAAUGUUCAAAACAUUGCCUUGUGCUCUACAUCUUGAAUGUGUUUUUUUUUUAACUUAUAGUUGCAUUGUGUAUGUAUGUGUGAUACGUCUAUUUAAAUGAAGCCAAAUGCAGCCAGGAGCAACAUUUUUCAGAAAUGUCUACUUUGGCACUUCCAAAGUAUUUUGGACAUUGAAGAAUAGGGAUGGACAUUCCUAAUGACGCUUGUUUUCGGAUCACAACGACGCAAGUGUGAUGACGAGCGUUUCUCACUCGGUUUCUGGUUUUGUUCUCGUUCCUUCCUCUUAAUGAUCUCCAUUUUCAACAAACGAAUAAUACCGGCAUAUUCUUUUGGUUUUACCUUUUCCAACAGUGUAUUUCAGCUGUUUUUGCGCUCGCUGCAAAUUAACAAGUUUUUCUUUUUAAUUAGGAGACGUUACAUUUCCAAUAAAUAUGAUGAAAUAAACAUUUGACGUUGUGAUUGAA